AUGCAGUUCGGCUCUCUGAUCACCUCUUUCCUCUGCAUUGCCGCGGCCCAUGUUGCUGCCGCCGAUGACACCACCUCCCAGUCGACCACGACUAUUACCAAGACCUUGGUCCGAGUGAACUCGGUCACUGCCACUCCCAGCUCCAGCAUGAGCACCUUCCCGGCCACCUCCACUCCCCUGGUGACCGCGACCUCGACCGCAACUCAGUCUGCCGCAUCGGCUACCAAGACAGGAGCUGCAGUCAACGUCGCCGCCACCAUGCCGGCAGUUCUGGGUGCCGGAUCUUUCGCGCUGAUUAUGGGCCUGGCCCUGUAA